AAACAAACCAUUUGGGCGGUUAUUCUGGCCAAAAUAUCUUCUAAACAAAACCGUAUCACAAUUCUGUUCAUUUUCAGAGUGAUGGAGUCGUCGGUAUGUCGGGUUUGUCUGGGAACUGGCGAAGACCUGGUCAAUAUUUUUGAAGACAGUGUUGGAUUUGGAGUUUCCAUUGCGGGUAUGAUUUCGAAGUGCAUCGGUCUUAAAGUUGAGAGGGGUGAUCGGUUGCCCGAAAACAUUUGCCCACCCUGCCUGCAGGGAGUCAAAGAUGCUAUUGAGGAUUUACUCGAGAAAGAAGUGUGCAAGGAGCCGGAUACCGAGGGUAGUAUUAUAAACCUGGAUGCUACUGAAAUUAAGGAGGAAUUAGUCGACGACCUCCGGGAGAAGGAGUUCCAGUGCCAAGUAAAGAACGAACCACUCGAAGAAGAUGUAUUCGAGAAAGAAUACAAUCCAAUACCAGAGAGCGACAGCGAUCCAUGCGAAAUCCAAAUGAAGAUUGAGAUCGAGGAAUAUGAUUGGCAGGGACUUAAAGAGUGUGACGAUGAUUAUGAAUCUGCCAAUGAUAACGAUGAGAAUACUAGCUUGCACAAAUGCUCUUGUUGCUUAAAGACUUUUACAUCGAAAUCAGCUCUUAGGUACCAUUUCAAAAAACACUCUCGAGGUAGACCGUUCAAGUGUACCCAAUGCUCGAAGAAAUUUACGCACAAUUGUUAUCUUAAGCGACACUUACAAACGCACACAGGAACAGGAGAAAGUCCGUUUAAGUGUUCCCUCUGCCCGAAAACCUUUCCAUUUAACUCAGUUCUUCAGAGCCAUUUUCGAAAACACUCGGGAGAACGACCAUUCAAUUGUACACACUGCUCGAAGUGUUUUCAAACUCUGGGACAUCUUCAGGCACAUGUGGUGAGCCAUACAGGAGAACGAAAGUUCUCCUGUAUGCGAACGCACACAGGAGAACGACCGUACGAGUGCUCGCUCUGCUCAAAGACUUUCAUUCAGAAGACUGCACUUAAUAACCAUCUGCGAACCCACACAGGCGAAAAACCGUUUAAGUGUUCCCACUGUUCAAGGACCUUUGCCAGGAAUUCAAGUCUUGAGCUUCACCUGCGAACGCACACUGGAGAACAACCCUACAAAUGUACCCAAUGCUCGAAGAACUUUGCACAACUUUCUCACCUCAAUGUACAUUUGAGAACCCACACUGGAGAAAGACCGUACAAGUGUUCUAUCUGCCCAAAGAGCUAUUCACACCAAGUCAGGCUUAAGGGUCACUUGCUUAGCCACAAUAGCGUCCUUAAAAGCGGAACGUUUCAUGAACAAACAGUAUUUUUAUAAAGCAAAGGGUAUUCACUCCUUAUAAGUAUAUAUCAAAGGUAGAUUUAAACCUAUACUAUGUAGAAAAUGUACGAGCGGAGAGGUUUGCAAAGUAAUUAUUAAUUUUCUCUUCCAUGUAAACAAAUAUAUGUUUAGAAUCUUAAGGAAUACAAAAAGGCUGAACAGGUUAGUUAAUAAGUAAUACUUAUGGUACAUAUGAAGUUUUAUUUCAAAGUUAUUUUAUUUUUACUAAAUUACUCCCGUGGAUGUGAAAUAUGAAUUUUUUCGUGGUGCCACAAUGAAAAUAGCAUUUUUGUCUUGUCUUGAAUUUUAUUUGGGCUUGAAUUUCAAACUUAUAUUGCUAUUU